CAUCUACCAUAAAGUUUCAAAAACAAGCAGAUAAGCUAGUUGCAGGACAGUUGGGGAGGUGGUCAACGAAAGAGCUUCAGUGUCUGGGGAAAGGGGAAGAGCUUGCUCCAUGAGCGUUGCAGGUUUUUGGAUUUUAGCUCUAUUUGUCCUAUUACUUGUAGCCAAUGUCAAGUCUUCAGCAGAUUCUCAGAUAUGUGAACCUCGUGGACCCCAAGGACCUCCAGGACCCAAGGGUCCUUCAGGACCACGUGGUUUUACAGGACCCAUGGGUGCACCAGGACCAAGAGGGAUACCUGGGGUACCUGGAGCAGUGGAGAAGUGCCCAUCCCUACCUCAAUCCGUCUUUUCUGUCAAGCUGAGUGGGCCUUUCCCAGGACCAUCCCAGCCCAUUGUCUUCCAGGAAGUUCUGUACAACCAUCAGGGCCACUUCGACCUGGCCACUGGAGUGUUCACCUGCAGCGUCCCCAGUGUGUACCACUUUGGCUUUGACGUUGCAUUGUUUCAGAAUGCUGUCAAGGUGAGUCUUAUGCGGAAUGGCAUUCAGAUCCGGGACAUACGAGCAGAAGCUGGGGACAGCCGCGAACAAGCCUCCGGAAGUUCCAUCUUGCAUCUGGAGAAAGGGGACAGGGUCUGGCUGGAGUCUAAGCUUGACAAAGAAGAAUCUGAAAAAGGAACUACUCAAACUGUGCUUUAUGGAUUUUUGCUCAGUGGAAGUUAAGAGGGCUAGGAGUAACCAUCGUUCUCUCUCUCAAGUAACUCUGAAUUUAAGAAAAGAAGCUUCUUCCUUCUCUCAUCUUAAAUGUUUCCUCUAGAUCUGCAAAAUGGAUGAAGAGCUCACAAAAUCAGUAAUGGCCAAGUUGAACAAAAUGAAUGUAUUACCAAUCACUAAGACCAAUAAAGACACACGGUUCAUCAAUUU